GCCGCAUCAAUCUCCAGUCCUUCUGCCCGUUGCGCAUCUUUUCCCACUGAGAUUGUCGAUCGCAAGCCGCUUUGGGUCUGAUUCGAAGCUACAUUCCAUGUAUCUGCCUUGAUCGCUACCUUCAUGGCUGCACGGAUGGUGCCACCCAUCUAGCCCCUACCAUACCUCUUACCCUAUCUAGCUUGCAUUUGUCGCUAUCGUCUCCUCGAAUUUUCGUUGUCUUCCUAGCUUCGGACGGAAGCCAUGGUUAUGGCAGAUUAUAACGAUGAAGACGGUGGCGUCAUCCUCGAUGGUCCCUUUGACCCCGAUGCGCAGGCCACCGUUACCGACUUCAUAGAUUACACCGAAUAUCUCCCCGCUGACCUGAUCCGUUCCCUCACCCUCAUACGUGGCUUGGACGAGCGCUAUCUCGAGGCUACACAGAAUGUUCACGAACUCACCAAGACAUGGGGCCAGCUCCCCGACCUUCCCUCUCAAGAGCGCCCAGACGCGCAGACUCUCCGCAAAACCAUCUCGGCGCAACUUGACCAAGCAAUCAACGCGCGCGAGUCUGCCUAUGCCGAAGCGUGCCGUCUCUACGAUGUUGUCGAUCGACACUUCAACCGGCUGGAGUGCAUCAAGCAGAAACUCCAUGCAUUGCCGAAACCGGAGUCGCGCGAACCUACACCUCCGGAGACUCAGACUGCGGUUAAUAAGCGAGGUCGAUCCUCAAAGAAAGGCGAGGCUGCUGCGCCGACGACAACGCGCAUAAAAUUACGGCUUGACGGUGCGGCAAAUGCGGGGGCGAGACCAGAACAAAGGUCGAGGAGUCGGCGGGGAAAGCUUGCUGCGGAUCACCUCUCCGGCCUUCAUCCGGACUCCCCGAUCGCUAGCACCGAGCACUCAGAUGUGGAGGCUGGAACGAAACCGACUCGCACUGCUGCGCCAGUGGAGCUCGCGGUUGCCAAGGGCAAAAAGGAGAAACAGACUCGCCGCUCACGGACCUCCGCUCCACUUACGAACGGUCAUGGCCAUGGCGCUGCGAUAUCGACCAGCAAUGCUCUGGCAAUGCUCAAGCCGCCACCGGAGGAUGCCAAACCUGGCAGUGAAGAUCUGCCCUGGCUGCGCUUGACUGAUUGGGAGAUGACGAAACUGCGCAAGAAGAUGAAGAAGAACGCUGUCUGGCAACCGAGUGAGGUCAUGAUUCACCGCGAACUCGCUCUCCGGGGGCGAGGGUGGGACGCUUAUCGGCAAGCCAAAGCGGAAGCAGAAGCCAAUGGCACCGAGUUCCUUGACUGCGAUGAUAUCAUGAACAAUUACGUCCCAGGAAUGUUGACGCGGCUCAGCGAUGCGAACGGUAUCGAGGGCGUGGUGGAGACCAAGUUGAGCAAUCGUGGAAUGAAACUCAACGAAGCAAAGAAACUCAAGCGGGAAAACAUGGCCAGGGAACAAGCGGCAGCCGCAGCCGCCGCAGCGGCCGAGGCCAAACGUCUUGCCGAGCCUGGAGCUACCGACGCAACCACUCCCGACCAAUUUCAGGUGGAGUCAUCCUUGGCCGCUCGGAAGCCAAGCAGGGCCUCAAAAAAGAGGAAGAUGGACGAGAGUGUAGCUGCGGAAGCUGCGCCCGCUCCCCCAGCAGACUCUGAAACUCGUGGUUCUCUACGAAGCUCAGCAAAGCGCCGUAAAAUGAGCAAGACGCCUGUUGAGGACGAUGAGGCCGUGGUCGCCGAGACGGCGGCCGAUAACGCAGUGAACAUCGAGACUCAAAAGGCGUCACCCGUACCAUCAGCGGCUAGCACAGUAGCAGCAGCUCAAACCAAGGAAACCAAAACCUCGACGCCGCCCGUCAGCCGACCUCCUUCCCGGCACCUUGCGCCUGGUGCAUCGGCGGAAGUAGCCGCUCUUGCGCCUGGCAAAGAUCUCCGUCGAAAGAGUGCCACGCCUGCAAGGAAGACUCCUGUCCCGGAAGGAUCUCAGACAGCCGGCCGUCGCAGGAAGCGACCCGCUCCCGGGCCGGUAUCCUCAGGACAGGACGGCGGGGCAGCGGUCAGCUAUGGCCGACGCAAGGCGAAGCCCGCCAAGAAGAGGUUCGGACCACGCGAACAGGGGCAGAAGGAUGGUACGACGAGGGAGGACAUCCGCAUAGACGAAGAUGGCGUGUUGGAGGAGAUUGACCCCAACGAACCGCGAUAUUGUCUCUGCGGAGAUGUCAGCUUCGGGACGAUGAUCUGCUGUGAGAACCAGGAUUGCGACAAAGAAUGGUUCCAUCUCGAAUGUGUGGGUUUGUCCGAAGUUCCCAGCCGCACCGCCAAAUGGUACUGCCCCGACUGUCGGGUGAAGUUCCACAAGAGCAACGACGGGAUUGUCAGGCUGAGCUCUCGCCGAUAAGAGAUUCGAUUCCUUCUGGUGCUUACAGCAUAUGUGGUGGAUUUAUCUCACUUGGCGUUCUUUCUGUUCAUGAUACCACGACCUUUCGCGCUAUGUUUGUUACUGGUCUAUUGCAGGUUUCCUUCAUAGCAUGGCGAUGGUGCGGUGGUGUUCGGAGUUGGAUUCUCUUUUUGUUCCAAGGGUAGAUUGUACGAAGUUUUUAUUCGUUUGAAAGGUUAAGGGACUCGAGUGGAUUCUUGCUUCGCCUGUCAAGUGUACUAAGUACAGGCAAAUUCAAGUUCUCAGAUAUCUACAUAAAUCAUAACUACAGAAG